ACAUUUCCCCCCCUCUCACUGUCUCCCUCUCUCUCUCUCGCAAGACACAUUAAAGUGUAAAAACGUCGGAAGAAUCCCGCGAUCCUAACUGAGAGGUGCCGAGAGCGCCGAUACCCCGCGUGAGCACGGCGUGCGACGGUCAGAGAGACGCGCGCGCAGAUCCUGAAGUUAGUCCCUAGAGCGGAGUAAUAGUGUUUACAGUACGAGUUAUCGCACGCGCUCUGCCAAAACACAAGAGCACGCGAAGAGUUCAUAUCGCGGCAGCACAUUCCGGCCAAAAAUAUACACACACAUAUAUACAUAUUAAAAAAAACCGUCCAAAUUACGGAAUAUAUUGGCUAUUUCAGAGUCUGCUGGCAGAUGCUGUGGAAGAAGUGGUCCAUCUUGAUCUUCUCCACUUGUGCCUGAAGGCCCCUUUUUUUUGACAGGUCUUUGAAGUUCACCCCCUCACAGUGCUGUGGUGAAGUUUGAUUGGAAGAAUGGAAUGUCAGUCUUUUCAAAACAACUGAUGAAGGAAGAAGUGCCCGGCGUCACAGGCAGUUUGGAUGCUGAAAUCAGAGAAAAAACGAGAAGGCUGAACUCCAAGAGCUGUAACAGAAGACAGCUUCAAGCAAGCGAGUCCUUGGAAGAAGGUCUUUAAGUCAUGAUGCAAGAGGCGGGGACAGCGGAGGCGACGAGCAACGGAACAGCCAAACAGAACGGGUUGGCAGCGGAAGGCGUGUACCGAGACGUACGAUCCAAGAGCACCACACUGUCCUCCGACAUCACAGCCGCAAACCUCAUGACCCUUCAGCAGCAACAGGCUCUACAGGUUGCAAGGCAUCUCCUUCUUAAGCAGCAGCAGCAGCAGCAAAGUGGGACCAUCAAGUCUCCUAAAGGCAACGAGAAGCAGCCUGCAUUACAGGUGCCAGUGUCAGUGGCUAUGAUGACCCCGCAGGUGAUAACUCCUCAGCAAAUGCAGCAAAUACUCCAGCAGCAGGUCCUGAGCCCUCAGCAGCUCCAAAUCCUCUUGCAGCAGCAACAGGCCCUGAUGUUACAGCAGCAGCAACUUCAGGACUUCUAUAAGAAGCAGCAAGAACAGCUCCAUCUCCAACUCCUCCAACAACAACAUGGCAGCAAGCAGCAAAGCAAGGAGGUUUCUGCGCAGCAGUUGGCGUUUCAGCAGCAGCUCCUUCAGGUUCAGCAGCUGCAGCAGCAGCACCUGCUCAGUCUACAAAGACAAGGCCUGCUGUCCAUCCAGACUAACCAGAAUCUGCCUCUGCACUCUCUAACUCAGGGCGUGAUUCCAGCUGAGCUGCAGCAGCUGUGGAAAGAGGUGACGGGCACGCACGUGAAGGAGGAGAACAGCGCCAGCAACAACGGCCACCGCGGACUGGACCUGUCCUCCGCCUCCCCCGUGCCUCCCAAAAGCAGCCUCCUCAACCAGCACGUCACAACAAACGGCCAGUACAGCAGCCACGUGCUCAAGCGAGAGAGCUCGGCACUGGAUGAUCACACGCACCACAGUCACCCUCUCUACGCGCACGGCGUGUGUAAAUGGCCGGGAUGUGAAGCAGUGUUCGACGACUUCCAGUCUUUCCUCAAGCAUCUGAAUAACGAGCAUGCGUUAGACGACCGGAGUACGGCCCAGUGCCGGGUACAGAUGCAAGUAGUGCAGCAGCUGGAACUGCAGUUAGCAAAAGACAAAGAACGACUGCAAGCCAUGAUGACCCACCUACAUGUCAAGUCCACAGAGCCUAAACCCACCCCACAGCCCCUCAACCUGGUUUCCAAUGCCACACUGUCCAAGACAGCUCCCGGAGCAUCGCCCCCCCUCAGCCUGCCUCAAACCCCAACCACACCCACCACUCCGCUCACACCGCUCUCCCAAACCCACUCGGUCAUCACACCCACCAGCCUGCACAGCGUCGGACCCAUCCGCCGGCGCUACUCAGACAAAUACAGCAUGCCCAUAUCGCCAGAUAUAGGCCAAAACAAGGAGUUCUACAUGAACACAGACGUGCGUCCACCUUUCACAUACGCAUCAUUAAUACGCCAGGCGAUAAUUGAGUCACCAGAAAAACAGCUAACACUAAACGAGAUAUACAACUGGUUCACACGAAUGUUUGCGUAUUUCAGGCGGAAUGCAGCUACCUGGAAGAACGCAGUCCGGCAUAACCUUAGUCUUCACAAGUGUUUUGUGCGAGUAGAAAACGUUAAAGGGGCGGUAUGGACUGUUGAUGAGCUAGAGUUCCAAAAGAGAAGGCCACAAAAGAUCAGCGGGAGUCCUUCUCUAGUGAAAAACAUUCAGACCAGUUUGGGAUACGGUCCUGUCCUCCCAGCUAGCUUCCAGGCUUCAAUGGCAGAAAACAGCAUACCUCUAUACACUACCGCUUCCAUUGGAAGCCCCACUCUUAACUCGCUUGCCAACGCUAUUCGAGAGGAGAUGAAUGGGGCCAUGGACCAUAGUAACGGUAGUGACAGCAGUCCUGGGCGCUCCCCUCUUCCAGCUAUGCAUCACAUCAGCGUUAAAGAAGAACCACUGGACCCGGAGGAGCACGAAGGGCCGCUUUCUUUAGUGACAGCCAAUCACAGUCCAGACUUUGAUCACCAUAGAGAUUAUGAGGACGAACAUGGGCACGAGGACAUGCUGUAAGGCUGCUUUUCUCCAGGUCCAGUCCAAAGGGGCCAAACUUAAACUGAAAUCAUCUGUGAGACCACUCCCAACCUAGCAAGUUCGACUGGAUUCUCAGUCCCUUUUGUUGACAGCUAUUGAAAAAAUUAAAAUAAAAUAAAAAUUCCAAUUUACUCUUAGUGCCAUUAAUCAUGAGAUACACAUGAGGUAAGAAACGAAAAACUGUUCCAUUUGGGAGUAUUUUUCAGUUGUUUUUACUUUUUGGGUUAAAGACAAGAUCAAGCACGUAAUUUCUACUUGCGUCCAGUAAAGGAGCCAUUUGGUACUGGGGGACUAUUCUUUCACAUCGCCUGGCAUGGUGGCACUGAAACCAGAGUGGACACCAACCAGAAAAAAAAAACACACGCAGAGAAAAGACUGCACCUUUGCCCCUUUGAAGUUUAACACUGAUUUACAAACUACACAAGAGUGCACACUUGAAUCCUUAGCCCCCAAACGGACACGGACGCAGAGCACGUGGGCGCGGGUGUACGUGAUUUCAGUUCAAUGACACUGCCUUCAAAUCAGCAUGGGUUGCUUCCAACCUCAGUGUUGCCUCUAAACUCAGUCUGACGUUUUGAUGGCAAAUAAUACCACGUUUGUUUUAUUUUAUUUUUAUUUUUUUGUUCCCCUGAUCCUAUGCUCUUACUUGUGAUAUUGUUUGACUUUGUUUCUCUGUACCUGAUCAGACCUCAUGCCCAUUGUUGUAGAGAUUCUGUACGAUCUGCACUCGAUGAUGAAUGUGUAUAGUUUCUUUCCGUGAUGUUUCAUUUCUCUUUUUCCUUUCCAUUAUUUAAUGGGAAACAGAAUGUCAAAUAUACCAUGUAGUAUUUUUCUGUCAUUUAUUCCACAUUUCAGAUCACCAUCACACUGUCACAUUGUGCUUUCGCUAUCUCUCUUCCACACACACACACACACACACACAGAGUCCAUCUGCAUAUGCACUCGUAGUAAUGAAGGCUCUCUCCACGCAUCAAUGAAGUUUAAUUUUCACAAGGGAAUGAAUGACAGAGAAAUCGACGCAGGUUACGACUUGUCCUUAUGAAAUACCUUCUGAAAUCCCCUUUCGUCGCUGUGUGUUAGCUGCAACCGAAUCACUGAUCAAAACACUGGUGCGAACGGAAGGGAAAAAAUUAAAUGUCAGAAUAGAACGAAGCAGCCGCAGAGAUAAUUUUUUUUACUCCAUUUUUUUUUACCCAUACCCCGCCCCCCCUCCAAAUUCUGUAAUUUAUGGACCGUCUGGUUAAGGCUAGAGGACUUUAAAGUGCAUUCCCUGUUGUUUUAAUGUCUUGUUUGCCCACAUCAGUGAUCAGCCCACUCCCUCUCUUAUUAGCAGUUGUUAGUAAUUACACAUGAGAUAAAAAGGUUUAAGGGAUUACAAGCCACAGUUGGCAUUAGAAGCCAUGACCACUAAGCAUUACAGCAUCGGGGGCAGCCCACUAUGACCACAUGUUUCCUGCCACAUUACCUUGGAAACCAGUAUGAAGUCAAUUUCAGGCUCACAUUAAAAACAUCCACGGUACAGUGUCAAGGAUGGGGGGGUGAUGCGGGAGGGACGGGUUGAGGGGACACCAGGGGUGUGUGUAGGGGGUGCUGGACAGCAAUAAGCAGCCACUUUCAUUUCCAGCUGCCUGCGGUCUUAUCCAAAAAGAAAAUGUUUCCAAUGUGCAACACCAAGAAGCAAAUUCGGAGCAGCUUAAGCAAAUUAUUAUUUUUUUGUUUUUGCGUGUUGAUUUAUGACUGCAACCAACCACUUUUUUAAUUUAUUAUUUCAGUUUUAUUAUGGCUUAUAUAUUUUUCCUGUUUUUGAGUUGUCUGUUACCUGUGACUACCAAAGAUAAAUGAGGAGUUAAAAAAAAUAAAAAAGUUCUAUGUUCCAUGCAAUAGCAAAACAAGUCCAAAUAUCCUCCCCAUACGAUGCAGCAGAGGAAACAGAACAGUUUAAAACAAGUAAGCUGUUCAACAUUGCUGAAGUUUAAAAGCCAAAGGGGUUGUUUAAGGGGAAGAUGCAAGGUCUUUUUUAUCUUUUUUUGUGACCAAAUGGGAGAGAAUAGCCAGAGAUUGGGAUAAACACAAUAUUAUAUCAUAUCAUAUAGCACUGUUCUCUCUGUGCCGAGCUGAGCUUCAAAUAAAAGAGAGAGUUUUAGCUUGACAGGGAGGUCUGGGGUAAGUAGAUGGCAGUAACUGAUACACAGGAUGGGGAAAAGAUUGAAAUAACACAAUACAUACAGUAUGUGUUUUUUUUCUUGUUGUUUUAGGGUUGUUUAAAUCCUCUGAUAAGAUUGUAUGCCACUUAUUAUGUGAAUCCAUUUUUUUGUUAAACAUUACAAAUGCUUUAUGAUUGUGUUUUAAGUCUACUUUUUAUAUCAACUUUGUUUUUAUAUUAAAAACCAAACACUCCUGUCAACUAAUAA